UACCAUAAAUAAAAUGUUAGUGAAAUGAAUAAUAAUAAUUGUUCAAUGUAUUUGUUUGUUAUUUCUAUAUAAAUGUAUGAUUUUACAAAAUUGUUUAGUAGGUUAAAAUGAGAAUGAAUAAUUUCCAUUGAUGCUGAAUAUUGAAUGGAAUUAGUAAUAAUUUCAAGGCCUCUACAUUAUUCUAGUCAUCUCUUGCUAUGAGUAUUCUCAAUUAUUAUCAGUAUAUAGUAUCAUCACUUCAAUCAAAUCAUUUCAGUUACAGUGGAACUGUUUCACAGUUCAGCCCACACAUAAAGCUGAUAACAUAUAAUCAUGGACCAAAUAGAACCACAUCUAGAUAUAACAGUAGAUGAAAAUGAAAUUAUCAGUGGUGCGAUAGAGAUAAUUAAAAGAAUAAGACCAACAUGGCCAUUGAAUAAUCUACAAUUUAAGGUAGGAAACAAAAUAUAUUAUGAACGAAGCAAAAAUUCUUAACAAAAGAAAUUAAGGUCAUUCAACAGUUUAUCUGGUAUUUACCAAUGGUAUUACAAACAAACUUAUAGGAGUGUGGUAUUCUGAACAUUAUAACGAGAUGGUUUUAGUCAGGGUUUAUGGACAUAAAACAGAUCUGCUUAUUAAUCGCAAAGAUGAAACACGAAAUAUUCGGAUUUUAAAUAAAAUUGGGUUCACACAUUCGAUUUAUGCAACAUUUAAUAAUGGUUUGGCUUAUCAAUUUAUUGAGGGUGUUAUACUUACAACAGAAACGGUAAGAAAACCUGAUGUAUAUACUUUAAUUGCUAAACGAAUGGCAGAAAUGCAUAAACUUAAACCUGAUAGUGAUGAAAUAUCCAAAGAAGCAUGUAUAUGGAAUAAGCUAGAAAAAUUUAUGGAAAUUAUGCCAAAACAAUUUUCUGAUGUUUCAAAACAAACAAGGUUCGAAAAAUUAAUAAAACCAUUUGUUGUAUUGAAAGAAAAUUAUCAACAAUUAAAAAAGACUCUUAUAGAGUUGAAUAGCAAAGUAGUCUUUGCUCAUAAUGAUUUACUUCUAGCAAAUGUACUUUUUAAUGAAAAAGAAAACAUUGUUACUUUCAUUGAUUUUGAAUAUACUGCUUAUAAUUACCAGCCUUUUGAUAUAGCUAAUCAUUUCGCAGAAUUUGCUGGUAUUGAUAAUCCUGACUAUUCUUUAUAUCCUGAAGAAUGUUUACAAAAAGCCUGGUUAAAUAUAUAUCUUCAGGAGUACAACAAUGUAAAUUAUGUACCUGAAAAUGAAAUUAAUUUACUGUAUGUGCAAGUAAAUAAAUUCGUUCUUUUGUCACACUUCUUUUGGGGUUGUUGGGGACUUAUACAAAGUGAACAUUCAAUGAUUGAAUUUGAUUUUUUAGAGUAUGCUGCAAUACGAUUUAAUGAAUAUUUCAAGCAGAAAGAAGAGUUUCUACAGAUGAAAUUAUAACAUUUUAAAUACUUUGUUAUAUUUUUAUUGUUUGUUAUAUAUUUUAUUAACAUUCCACAUCAUUGUAUUUACAUUUACAGUUAUGCAUUACUGAAGUAACAUUCCAAUAAUUGCACUAUAAUAUUAUUUUAUAUUCUGUUAUACAUAAAUGAAUAUUUUAUAGAAGAAAUAUGUAUAUAUGACUCUGUUAUGAUUCGUUAAUGUAUCAUACUUAGACAGUAUUAUGUAGAUAAUGUACACAUCUCUAUUAAACUAU